AUGGCUGAAGCCCAAAUGUUUGUGUCACAGGACGAGUUCACCUGCUCGUUGUGUGAGGAUACCCUGACUGAUCCCGUCUCCAUCCCCUGUGGACAUAAUUUCUGUCUGAAGUGCUUAACCAACUACAGGGAUCAGAGCCAAGAGUGCAGCUGUCAUAAGUGCAGACACACCUUCACAACGAGGCCUGAUCUGCGAAGAAAUAAUCUGCUGAAUGAAGUCAUCAAGAAAUUAAAGAAGACAACUCUCAGUUCUCCUCCUCCUCAGAAUUAUGCUGGCCCUGGAGACGUGGAGUGUGACUUCUGUACUGGUGAGAAGUUCAGAGCGGUGAAGUCCUGUCUCACCUGCAUGGCCUCCUACUGUCAGACUCACUUGCAGCCUCACUAUGAAGGAGACGCCCUGAAGCACCACAAGCUGGUUGAUCCUGAUAGAAAUCUGAAGGAGAAACUCUGUGAGAAACAUCAGAAAAGUCUGGAGAUAUUCUGUAAAACUGAUGAUUCCUGUAUCUGCGUGAUGUGUGUGGUGAGUGGACAUAAAAAUCAUGAAAUGGUCGAGCUGGAGACGGAAAGAGAAGAAAAGCAGAUGUCUGUGGUAAGAGAGGUGGAAGAAAAUGAGAAGAGCUUCACUGCUCUGAUGCGGUGCAUUGAGGAAGCCCACAGGAAACUGACUGAGAGGAUCAGAGAACAAGAAAAGAGAGAAAUAGAGAAGGCUGAAGGAGUCAUGGAGCAACUGGAGAAGGAGAUCGAGGAGCUGAAGAGGAGAGAAGCUGAGCUGAAGGAGCUUUCAGAGACCAAGGACCAUCUCCACUUCUUACAGGUGAGAGCGACACUUCACAGGGAGUCUGAUCAGACUGGGGUGUGUGGGACCUCAGAA